UUUUAGUCUUUCCAUCCUCAUCGACUUCUACUCAUUUGUCAACCCGCCUACCAUGAGUUCUAUCGCGAGCAGCGAUGGAACCAUCAACUUCGCACUCUACCGCUAUACGCCCUCGAUCACGGCGGCAUCCAUAUUUGCAGCGGUCUUCCUAUUAAUCACAAUUUUUCACUGUAUUCGACUAUGGCGAUGCCGCGCUUAUUCCUUCAUUCCCUUUAUUAUCGGCCUACUUUGUGAGAACUCCCUCCCCCCCUCGAGUUGGAAAGAAUUCAAAUUCACCAGGAUGAUUAACAAGGCUAUCUUCAACGUAACAGUUGAGUGUGCUGGUUAUAUUGCUCGCAUUUUCUCGCACUUUAACACCACAGCUCUCGGUCCAUAUAUUGUACAGACCAUGCUGAUUCUGGUCGCACCGCCCCUGUUCGCCGCUUCCAUUUACAUGACUCUGGGUAGAGUCAUUGGUACCCUAAACUCUCAACAACUCUCCAUCGUACCCGUCCGAUUCCUCACGAGAAUAUUUGUGGUCGGAGACGUGAUCUCAUUCCUCCUUCAAUGUGGAGGGGGUGGUUAUAUGGCCGCUGGAACGGUUUCAGCUAUGAACACUGGCGCAAAUAUCGUCAUUGGUGGUCUUGCUAUUCAGCUCCUUUUCUUCGGCUUCUUCGUCGUCGUAUCAGCGGUGUUCCACUGGCGCGUGAAGAGAAGAAAGUCGCGAAAUAUUUCGCCUUUAUCGGGGCGCAGCAAGAACUGGGAAUCUGUAAUGUGGGCGCUCUACGCUGCCUGUUCCCUCAUUCUGGUGCGGUCGAUCUUCCGCGUGGUAGAAUUUGUUGAGGGCAAUGAUGGCUUUAUUAUGAAGAGAGAAUAUCUCUUGUAUAUUUUCGACGCUUGUCUCAUGUCUUUGACUGGAGCUGUGUUGGCAGUCGUCUACCCUGGAUCAUAUCUCGGUCGUGAUGACGGCAAGCGGGAGAGCGCGCUGCGGCUUAUGUCUACAGAUGAGGAGAGCAGUGGACAACAGAGAUUAAAGUCAUCUGGAGCAUAA